AAGAAUUAGGAGCUGCUGACAUUUCAAUCAAUAUGAAGGACAACUUCACCCUUGCCACCAUCAGCAAAAACAUUACCAGCAGUCUUCACGUCGGACUUGUGAACAUUUCUGGCAAUGAGUCUACCUUUAACUGCUCACAUAAGCCAUCAGAUAAGCAUUUAGAUGCAAUUCCUAUUCUCUACUACAUUAUUUUUGUGGUUGGAUUUCUUGUCAAUACUAUAGUGGUUACACUGUUUUGUUGUCAAAAGGGUCCUAAAAAGGUUUCCAGCAUUUACAUCUUCAACCUGGCUGUGGCUGACUUAUUGCUUUUGGCUACUCUUCCUCUCUGGGCAACCUAUUAUUCUUACAGAUAUGACUGGCUCUUUGGACCUGUAAUGUGCAAAGUUUUUGGUUCUUUCUUAACCCUGAACAUGUUUGCAAGCAUUUUUUUUAUCACCUGCAUGAGUGUUGAUAGGUACCAAUCUGUCAUCUACCCCUUUCUGUCUCAAAGAAGAAAUCCCUGGCAAGCAUCUUAUAUAGUUCCACUUGUUUGGUGUAUGGCCUGUCUGUCCUCAUUGCCGACAUUUUACUUCCGAGAUGUCAGAACAAUUGAAUAUUUAGGAGUGAAUGCUUGCAUCAUGGCUUUCCCACCUGAGAAAUAUGCCCAAUGGUCAGCUGGGAUUGCCUUAAUGAAAAAUAUUCUUGGUUUUAUUAUCCCUUUAAUAUUCAUAGCAACAUGCUAUUUUGGAAUCAGAAAACACCUACUGAAGACCAAUAGCUAUGGGAAGAACAGAAUAACUCGUGACCAAGUCCUGAAGAUGGCAGCUGCUGUUGUUCUGGCGUUCAUCAUCUGUUGGCUUCCCUUCCAUGUUCUGACCUUCCUGGAUGCUCUGGCCUGGAUGGGUGUCAUUAAUAGCUGUGAAGUUAUAGCAGUCAUUGACCUGGCACUUCCUUUUGCCAUCCUCCUGGGAUUCACCAACAGCUGCAUUAAUCCCUUUUUGUAUUGUUUUGUUGGAAACCGGUUCCAACAGAAGCUCCGCCGUGUGUUUAGGGUUCCAAUUACUUGGCUCCAAGGCAAGAGAGAGAGUGUGUCAUGCCGAAAAAGCAGUUCCCUUAGAGAAAUGGAGACCUUUGUGUCUUAAACAUGAGAGUGGAAUGCAUGUUAUCAACAUGGUUACUUGGUUUGAG